AUGGAGUUCCCGGAGCACGGCGGGCGGCUGCUGGGCCGCCUGAGGCAGCAGCGUGAGCUGGGCUUCCUGUGCGACUGCACCGUGCUGGUGGGCGACGCGCGCUUCCCGGCCCACCGCGCUGUGCUGGCCGCGUGCAGCGUCUACUUCCAUCUCUUCUACAGGGACCGGCCCGCGGGCAGCCGCGACACGGUGCGGCUCAACGGCGACAUCGUCACGGCGCCUGCCUUCGGCCGUCUGCUGGACUUCAUGUACGAGGGCCGCCUGGACCUGCGCAGCCUGCCCGUCGAGGACGUCCUGGCCGCCGCCAGCUACCUGCACAUGUACGACAUCGUCAAGGUCUGCAAGAACAGGCUCCGCGAGAAGGAGCGCGCGCUGCCCCCGGAGACGCCCGCCCCUGGGGCAGAGCCACCAGGCCGGCCCCCGGGCCCUCUGUCUGCCUGGGCCCCCGCGCCCUGUCCAGCCUCUCUGAAGGCCAGGCUCCCUCCCGCUGGGCCGAAGGCCACCCGCCCUCCGCCCGCACCAGGACCUCCCCCCUGGCAGGCGUCUGGAGAGUCAGACGGGGCCCUGGACCUGUCGCUGAAGCCCGGCCCGAGGCGGCCGCCCGUCCGCCCACCCUGCGCCCUCCAGACCGCCCCCUGCCGCCAGAAGCAGCCCGGGGCCCAGCCGGUGGUGAAGGAGGAGCCAGACUCAGAGUCCGAGCGGGAGGACGGAAGCAGCAGCCCUCGGAGCGCCCACAGCCCCCUGCGGCCCCCCGGUGUUCCCGCGGCGGAGCCCCUGGCCGGGGGCUUGGGGCCGCUGCCGGUCCGCGGGGUGGGCAGGGGGGCGCCGGGGCCCGAGGCGGAGCGGGGGGAGCUGGAGGCCGCCCUGCGGCCGACCGGGCGCCUCUGCCUCUGCCCGCUGUGCGGCAAGCUGUUCCCCGGCGCCCACGUGCUACAGCCACACCUCAGCGCCCACUUCCGCGAGCGGGACGGCGGCCGCGCGCGGCUCUCGCCCGACGGGGUGGCACCCACGUGCCCGCUCUGCAGGAAGACCUUCUCUUGCACGUACACGCUGAAGAGGCACGAGCGCACGCACUCGGGCGAGAAGCCCUACACGUGUGUGCAGUGCGGCAAGAGCUUCCAGUAUUCGCACAACCUGAGCCGCCACGCCGUGGUGCACACACGCGAGAAGCCGCACGCCUGCCGCUGGUGCGAGCGCCGCUUCACGCAGUCAGGGGACCUCUACCGCCAUGUCCGCAAGUUCCACUGUGGCCUGGUCAAGUCCCUGCUGGUGUGAAGGGCCGACGGAGGGGCCGAGGGAGUGUGAGGCCUGGAGCUCAGCAGAAGCCCCCAGGGCUGGGCCAGCCCAGCAGAAGGAACCCUGCUGCCCUGGGAAAAUGGCCCCAGACUUGGGCUGACUGGGAGCCGCCGGGGCAGUCCUCCAGCCUUGGCCCUCCGUUCCAACUCACUCUUGUCCCUGGAUCUGCCCUGACCAGACACUGAUCUCCUCCGUCCAGCCUGUGAACUCUCUCCAGCCUGUCCCAAGGAAGGUCCGAAGGGUCCGAAGGGUCCGAAGGGCCCGGGCUCCCCAGCGAGAGGAGGCCAGCUGACCCUCCUCCCAGGCUUUCCUGACCACCCCAUGAGCAGGCUCGGGGGCACCCUGUGAGCCUGGCACUGUGCUCGGUGAAGGAUGCCCGCUCACAGAUGCUGUCAGUGUGAGUCCCAACGGGAGCUCGGACGGAACAGACCACUCCUGGUGGGUGGCAGUGGGAACCCCUGCGGGGCGCCCCGGGCACAGUGAGCGCCAGCAGGGCCCUCAGGGCACAGCUGGUGUCCCAGGGGUGCGGCCCCAGCAGGAACCCGGGUGGCAGCAGA